CACGAGUUACGAGAUUCCCCUUUGUCAAUUCUUGAAGAAAGAAUCACUCGUUUUCUACGAUCAAACUUGUUUCAAAUUUUCACAUAGAUCGAAUAUUCAAAGUUGAAAGUUGAAAGUUAAAAAGAAUAUUUGAAAAGGCACCCAAAUUUCUAAUUAAAUAUAUUCAACUUUUAUCUAGUUAAUUUAGCAUGAUACUCAAAAUAUCUGACGAAACUAUUUCGAGGCACAAACAAGAUACAUACAUAUACACAUUAAGCUAUUUAAAUAGAGUACAAUGUUCGUGUCGCUGCCUAUACAGAGGUUUGCAUUUUAGUAAAGUUAAACAAAUUCAGAAAGAUACUCGUUUAAUAUAGAUUGGAUCAGUCGUUAAGAAAUAAUGCAUAAUCGUGAAAUGUAGAAAUACUUCCUCUUAACGAGAAGAUAUUCUAAUUCCGAUCGCAUGGAAGUUUCCGGCAACUUGGACAUCAAACCAGAAAGUAGCAUCUGUAAAUAAAAGGGCCAUGAUUCAUCCAAGCAGCACCCUUGCACAUCUAGCGAAAUUUUUCGUGACAAUUGGUUGCAUGAGAACUCUUGGUAAUGAGUACGAUAAAACAAACACCUGGUCAUUUCGUGCCUUUCAAAUUCUGCUUUCGCACUCCGUAUUGGGAGCACUCAGGUUUGGAACUCCGUUUCUUACAUCAACAACCAAUGUAGCAAAGUACUUAAGGAUCUUCUACGAUUGGUAUUCCAUGAUCGUUGACAUUAUGUCAUUGGCGUUAUUCACUGCUGGUAUCUUGCAAGGAUAUGGGAUCAGUGAGAAAGUUUGGCUCGUGCUACUCUCUUUGGGCAUACUGCCAAUAUUCUUUCAUCUGCAACCAAAGCGAAAACAAAGCCAAAUAAGGAGGCAUCAGUUGUUCAUGAAUAUUACCACUACCCUCCAGUUGUUGAUGAUCACGUUGGUCGGUCUAAGAAACAGUAAUUACAAUGUUAUCAGUUUGGUCGUUUCAUACAUAUUUGAGCGAUUUUUUAUCGACGAACUUUGCUAUCAUUACGAGAUUUCAAGCACCGAUUUGAGUCAAUAUUCCUUAUGCUUCGUAGAAAUUUUCAUGGUUUUGACGCUGAGCGAACUGUAAAUAAUGUAAAUCUAAUUGAUUGUACGAUACAAUACUCAGUGUUUACGCAUUUUGAAUUCGCGGACAUUUCGAAUUGAGAAAUUCCCUACACCCGCGAAAUAUCUUCGAGUGAAUGAAGACACGGGGAUAUUGGAAAGUCACUAGAAUUAACGAAGCACGUGCGAGUUUGUAACAUCAAUAAAAACUUACAUCCCUAAAUAAAGUAUCUUUAAAGUUACAUAAAACUCUUUGGAUUUUCGUAUGUAUUGGAAAAGGUGUCAAUCGAGAGUCAAAUAAAUGCAAUACCUUCUGCAUUUGUACGUCACGUUCGUCAGAUAUUUUGCGGCCUAUCUGUAUUCAAUGCAGGAUCUAUGGCAGCGCUUAAAUUCCAAUGGUGUACAGGAAAGUGAAUUUUCGAGUGAGUCGCAGGACGUUUGCUGCGAUGGUGCCGCAUGGAGUCUGGAAUUGAAUAAACCGCAACAUGUCUUAAAUUUGAACCAAAUUGAUUCAAUCAGUGCGAUCGAAUUGCCGUUUCCCGAUUUCUGUAUUCUCGAGCAGUUACCAAACAAAUUAAGCACGGUCUUCAUGAGUGCGGACACACGGACGAACUAGGUCAAUGAAUGAAUCGUAUUGUGAACGAACGAGCGUACAGGCAAAUCGAUCAUAACGGAAUAGAACGGAGUAACAGCUGUUACCGAGGAAAUGCAAAUGCGCGUCCCUGCCAUAUUUUGGCAGAGCAACGAAUAAAACAGAGCAACUAUCGAUCACGGUCGACAGCUGACCUGUUCGAAUCAUUAAAAAAGAUUACGCAGAAAAUUGUGCGCAAUGAAAUCGGUCACUUCUGUUCCUGAAACAAACUUCCAAGAUAUCGGGCGUGACAUGGCACAGCGGCUCGGUUUGGGCCCCGAGAUUAGAGAACUGAAGUUGGGCCCUACUUUUACCAAUAACAGAUCAACGGCUUUUCAUACUUUGAAAUAUGAUUUUAAACCAGCGAGCGUCGAUGUUUCCAAAGUAGCAAAGGUAGACGUUGGAGCAAACAACACAAUGACGGUUACUGUACCACAUUUGGAUGGUGCCGGGAUACCUCAUACAGUGUUCAAAGGUUCUCAAAGACCUUAUCACAAGGAAUGUGUCUUGAUAAUUGACAGGGUGACGGGAGAAAUUACACUGGAGAAGUUGUCGGCGAAUAUUCAAGUGAAAAAAACUCGAACAGAACCAAAGUCACAGUUGCACUUGGGAAUGUCUGGAGCAAAUAGUAACAGACCCAUAACUCCUGUAGAAAUGAAAAAAAGUCCCACUCAUGGUAGGGCAACUGGAAGAAUGAAAAUGACAAGUGGGAAAAAGAAAGAACCCAGCGUUCAAGUACAUCCGAAACAGUGUAGUCCCCUUAGAGUAUCGCCAUAUGGCAAAAGUCCUCCUUUCACUUCAAUUAAUAGAACUUUAGUUCACCAGUGCAGCAACCAUCAGUGGCACCGUCAACUUUGGCUAGUUUGCCAAUGAUUAGUUCUGAUAACGAUGAUUGUCCUUUAACAUCAUCUGGAUCACUACUGGCUACCAAUUCUUCUGCGUCCGUAAAGUCAUCUUCCGUAACUAAUACUCAAUCAGCUGUUAAAUCUUCUGUAACCGCGGACAGUGAUGAAGGUGCUCUUAGUGAUUCUACUUCAAGUAGCUCAAGUUCAGAUAGUUCAGACAGUGAUUCAGACAAUGAAAAUGUUACAGUUUUAACGGGGACUAAUGGUAUUAUUUUUAUUAUAUUUCUAAAAUAUAAGUAAUUUACUUUUUUAUUUUAUACAUAUUUUUCUUAGGACAUUUGAACAGUAGAAACUCAUCACCAACACUUCUUAUGCCAGAUAAUCUUCUGAAUGAUGAUUUACAAUUAUCAGAAUCAGAAUCUGAUAGUGAUUAACGGUAAGACAUGUUCAAAUUAUAUUGUAUUUAUAUUAAUAAAUGUAAAUACUACUUUUGUCGAGACAAUAUUUUUUUGCAGGGAUGAUGAAAGAUGUUUUAAACAUUUUUUCUGUCAAAAAAUUCUCUAUUUUUCCAACAUUUUAUUUGCUGUUAUAUGUAUAUUGAAGAAAUAGAACAAUUCAAUUGUAUUCCAUAUUACACAAAAAAAAAGAUAUGGCAAAUAUUUACAUAUUUUUUAUUAUUAUGUAUGUAUUGCAGUAAGUUAUGGUACGUACCUUUCGCUUUUUGUGCAGUAAACAUAUGGAGAAAAUGUAAUGAAAUGGCGAUGUACAUUUAUUUAUAAGGUAUUAGAGAUUGUACAAUUACUACUGACUAAUAUUUAGUAUAAUUAUAUGAUCUUUACUUUCUUAUACAUAUAUUUUAGAUAGAAAUCUUGCCAAAAUGUUUUAUGUAAUUUUUAGGAAACUGGCAAAUACUUCGAGUUUAUAAUUUUAUAAUUAUCAAUUUGAUUGUUUUUUUUAUGUAAAUAUCCAAAUGUACAUGGCACAUCGAAUUAAUUUUCUUCUGCAAUCUCCUUAUGGAUAUAAAAUUAUAUGUUUAAUUUGUUACAAAAAGAAUUGAACAACUGCAUUGCUUACAAAAUAUUUAUUUAAUGUGAAAUGUAUAAAUUUAAUAAAGUAUUCGUUAUAAUAUAAAUCUUUUCGUAUAGAUAUGUAUAACAUUUUAACAUCAACUUUUUCAUCACACUUUUAUAACCUUAUUUAUAUUACUGCAUAAACUAUAUAGUUGUUAAUACUUAUUUAUUAAUGCUUGCUGUACAAUUUAUCCUAACAAAUCAUUUUUAUAAGUUUGAUAAUCCAGUAUCAAUCUAGCAAGUUGACUACGUCGACCUAA